AUGGCUGUCAAAUAUCUUUCUCGUUUUUGUUUGUUUUAUUCAUCAGAGAAGAAGAUCGUUAUUAUUUGAGAACUUCCGGUUUCAUCUUUCUGUUUUUCCUCAGACUGCGCCCUCCUCCUUCUCCUCCUACUCUUCCUCCAAACUUCAGGCAGGAGCAGGAGCCUCCUCCUGCCGCAUCACACCGCCAACAACUGAAGUUUUUCCCCCUCCAAGAUGGAGGCGUUAGGGGGCUACCCUACCAGGUCCUCCAGCCCCAAAGCCAAGAAGCUGACGGUGUUUCUGAGCAUGACGGUGUGUGUUGGCUGCCUGUUCCUGCUCCAGACGCAGCUGGUGAAGCCAAGGAAACCCAAAGAUUUUUACUCUUUCGAGGUCAAAGACGCGAAGGGGAGGUCAGUGUCUCUGGAGAAGUACCGAGGAAAAGCGUCUUUGGUUGUAAACGUGGCGAGUCACAGCGAGCACACGGAGUCGAACUACAGAUCUCUACAGGAGCUGCACCGGGAACUGGGCACCUCUCACUUCAACGUCCUGGCAUUUCCCUGCGGACAGUUCGGGGACACAGAGACCGGCCACAGCCGGGAUAUCGAGGCCUUCGCUAAAUUAAACUACGGGGUCACCUUCCCGUUCUUCAGCAAGAUCAGAAUACUGGGCUCAGAGGCGGAACCAGCCUUUAAGUUCCUCACAGUUUUUUUUUCCAGAUUCUGUGCAGAAAAUCCCAAAGUGGAACUUUUGGAAGUUUCUGGUGAAUCCAGACGGGAAGGUGGUCCACUUCUGGAAAGCCGACGAGCCUAUUGAAAGUAUCCGACAAGAGGUAAAUGCGCUGGUGCGACAAAUAAUCAUAAAGAAGCGUUCGGAGCUAUGACGGAGCCUGUGGAUUAAGAACUGGACGCACUACCGAGUUCUGUCAGUGUUUCCUGUUGGGACAGGAAAUGCAACCUGUGGACUUUUCAAACUUGACACUGAUCUACAUCUUACUACAUCAUUUUUUCAAUCCAGACGCAAACAAGCAAAAGAAGAAAAAAAAGUUCCACUAAUGCUAUCACUUCAAAUCAAUCAACAGCCGGAAAGUGUGUGUGCGUAACAGCCGGGGUGCGUCUGUGAGUGUAAAUGUGGGCAUGUGUUUACCAGUGAGUCAUUUUCUUUAUAAAUACCACGGCUGCUGAAGGACUGGUUAGCUCUUGAAAAGAUGUCGAACUUUUUACACUAAUGUGUAUUUCUUUGGGGGAAGCAAUUUUGGCUGAUUUGAGCCCAGCAAAUUGUCUGUUCAGCAAUAAAUGAUUUUCUUACAAGUU